GAGGAUGCCUUAUUUCUCGAUCUCAAUCUUCACCGGAGCACAGCCAUUUUGGUCGUAGAGGCGUACCUCAAAGUUCUAACUUCCAAAUCGCCCGGAGCUUCAAGGCUUGGUACUGGACCGUUCUCCUCCCAGGAGCAAGCCUUUGACCUGUGGGCCUGGGACCUGGUCCCUAAACUCCGCCUCCACAAACACCACCAGCCCCGCCCCAUCCUGCUCGCGUCCAGCGAGGGCGCCGCUCUUGACGACUGGUUUGGUGUGCUGCCAAAUCCCGACACCAACAUGAAGCUGUAUCCACUGCAGAAGGCGUUGCAGACCAACGUUACUAUCGGCUGCUUUGUGAAUAUUGCAAUGACCAAAACGGGCCAUAGCAUUGAUAGCUUCAUCACAAACGGCAUCCCCAACAUGCACACCCUGAUCCAGGCUGGUUGCCAGCGCUUCUGCCUCCCCCUCCUCGCAAUGGUCGUGCCCAUGUUUUCUGGAUGAGGAAACCCAGACUACCUGCUGACCAAUGACAAGUUUUUGACCAUAGUUCAUCGUAUCCUACAAGCCGACCACCAGAGCCUCCGGUCAUCUUCCACAGGAAGUAACGCCUUCCCGGGAGACACCACAAAACUCUUCGCUGGAAUGGUUUUGACCCAGAUCCAGCGAUCUUUGUCUCCUAGUACCGGCGCUCUCGCAGCUGAAGCAGUCUUGGAGUUCUGGUUGAAGCUUCUGACGACGCGCAGCGGCUGGCAUCUGGAUCAAGACAUCUGCUACAUCUUAGACGCGGUGCUGUCGGCGGCGUUCUGCAACAAGGGCGGUUGCUCCCUGGCUGAAGAGGUCAUACUCAAACAGUACAAGCUUGCUCUAAGAUCUUCCUCAAGUCAGGACGCGAAGGUUGAGACCAAAUCCCAAGGGUUCAUCUCUUCCGUUCUGUCCUUUGUCUCAUCUGGCAACCCCUUGCCGAGCCUCCUGGAGAAGCAGAGCAUGGAGAGGCCGUGGCUAGCCUACUGCAUCCUGUCAGCAGAGACUAAGAACCUAGAAGACAUGGGAUUACUGCGAGAGGUCUCGUUAGAGUUGUGUCAAGAUGCCGACCUGAGCCCCGAUGCGGGUCUCAAGCGCGCCUGUCAGAGACUCAAGUUGGACUAUUCCAUGCCCGUAGCUCGGCUGCCCAUCUACCGCUGGGCUCAACUAGCUCUAGACACGGACAUCGAGCAUCCCCUGCUACCCAUCAUAUGGCAGCGUUUCUUCAUGGUUUACCUUCAGCGAGUCACUGCAGAGUCUGGUAUUUCCCAGAGAGCCAGCAUCGGCCAGCGUUACUUCCAGAGCAUCACCAACCUGACCUAUCUCAAGAAGAUGAAGAGACGACUCCGACAGACGGCCGACUUCCACCACGAGGCCAGCCACAAAAAGCCUGCUGCCCCAAAGCCCUCCCCCUCCUCCUCCUCCAUGGGUUCUACAAACCAGGCAGAGGCUGGGGAGGAGGAGGCCAGAAUGGAUGGACUGGAGGAAGGAGAAUUUGAAGCUGGGUCGGAGCAUCACCGCCAUCUUGUUCAAUUGUAUCAGAUGUACCUUCUGUGGUUAGAGGAGCCGUUGCUACAUGACGCGAGUCUCUAUCUGCCCUCGUUGCCACCGCAGUAUGAGGCUGAGAAACUCUCCAGAAUCUUCAACGGUGAUCAGGAUCUGUGGAUGGAGUACGCCAACGUGGACAUGGCCAACUAUCAAACAACUCAGCUAGUCAACUCGUGGAUCACAAUGAGUCAACCAGACACAAACACAUCAGGAUUCAGCCAGGGUCUGACCUCAGAACAAGAGCAGAUUGACAGUGCAACAAGCCGUAUCCUGAACCGUCUGACUCACUAUGAGGAUCAGCAAGAGCCACCUUCAGUGGUACCCGUCUUUGCACCGGUGCCCGACGUGCCUCGGGAGCUACUAGUCAACAAUCAUGCCAUGCUAGUCUUCGUUCAAGAUGACAUUAAACAACUCCUAUACUAUGCAGACACAUUUUCAGACAGGGAGAACCGCAACGUGGUCCUAGAUUGUGAGUUCCUGGAGAUGGUGCCUGGUCUGUACGCCAACAACGAUAUACAGAACCAAAUCCAGGUCCCGUGUAAGAGUAUGUUCAACCCAAUGCACAAGUGCAAGGGCCCAGCAGUUGUCACCGUCAGACACAAGUCCAAGCAAGUUAACGAGAUCAUCUCUAGACGACUGGAUGAGAACCGAGCCGAAUUCAAACAGCUGUCAAUCGAGUCAUUAGCCCCACCUCCUUCAAAUGUUGUCGUGUCUGCCGUACACAUAGAGAAUGCAAUCACGGAUCUCAUUCAUUUCACUCGGGCACUGACUGACAGCCCUGCCGAGUUUGAAGCUGCCAAGCAGACUGGCGUUAGUCUACUCUAUCACCUAGGCAACCAGAUGAGCGAGAGUGCCAGGCACUACCCACCCACCCGCCAAUUCUUCUCAUCUUGCAUUGAAAUACUAGGCCAGGAGUAUAUCCGCCCAUACCCUGACCAAGCCCAGCCGUUGCUGUCAGCCAUCUUGACAAACUGUAACUUAGCCGGGCUUCUAGCCCCGAACCUUGCCCCUAACCACUGCGGUGACGCCUUCGUUCAGAUGUACAGCGACGUGGUACGGAUCAGCAUAAGCGAUAAUCAGGACACAGCAUUUAUGCUUCUAACUAAGUUUGACCCAGCCCAGUGGCUGAGCAAUUGCCAACCGGUCAUGGCGGUCCGUUCCCAUUUCAUCGAGGUGGUGGGUGAAGCGCUGACUAGCUGUGGCCUGGAGAUGGACAACCGAAGCAUGAUGAUGUUUGAGAUCUACCGGAGUCACCUGCAGGCCAUGCUCAUGCAUCAGUUCCCUGAGCAUUACGGAGACGUGCUCAGACUGGUUCUGAAAGGUUCUGAGGAGCAUUGUCUACAUGAGGACAUCUGGUCUGAUACCCUGAAGUCUCUUGGCUGUCCCAUACUGACUGUCACCUCCGAUUCCAUCAGUCAGGAUCAGGUCAAGGUGCUGAUCAUGACACAGCCACUGCUCUCCCUUCAACAGUUACAAGAGACAAUUGAAUGGAUGACGACAUACUUCAGCCGCCAGCGAAACAACAACCCCCAGUGUGGACAGUUUGGUCUCCAUAGCAACUGGAAAAAGUACCACCAGUCAUUGGUCAGUUUCCUUGGUUACAUCAUCCUCAACACCAUCAUCUUGGAGGCUCAGCGAGUCAUCGCGGCAAAUCUGGACGUGGAACAAGCCGUGAGACAUCUUUGGACCCUUCUGUCAGGCCUCUUCUAUCCUUGGAUCGUUGCCUUGGAGGUUCCGUCCCCUACAAAUCCAAACACGAAGCAGUUGCUCCCACCCUGGGUUGAAGGGGACCGAGUACCAGCCAGUUGCAUGGUGUCCAUGUUCACACAUACCAUUGGAUGCAUACAGGCACAAUUCCAAGGCUACCUGGACCCUCCACUGGUCAAUUCUAUGUCCCUUCUCUGGCCGUUCUACCAUGACACUCUGGCCAGGAAGGGUCUACGCGAGGACGUCUUGAUGACCUACCACCAGCACCUGGUCCUGCUGCCAUGGAACCAGUUUCAUCCGGACCUCGCCUCCAUGGAGCUCAUGGUUCGGGUGUUUGAGGACAGGGGACCGGUCUGCCUGACGUUUCUAGGCAACAUCUUCCCUCGUAUCCCGUGGCGACAGAUCUCAGAUAGCUACUGCCAAGGGACAGGCGCUGAGACCUCCAACGCCUUCCUAUCCAAUCUACUCAGUCUGCUGGUCAUCUUCCUGAACGAGGACAACAUCAUGAAAUCUCAGGGUGCUUCAAUGCAGCAUCUCAUAGCCCAGGCCAAGGAGUUUCCAUGGCAACUGCUGGACGUGACUUCCUACAACUGUGCAGUGACGUGGCAAAUUGACCGCUGCGACCCGAGGCACGUCUUGAAUCAGAAGAACGGGAAAGGGGACACGUCUAUCAGUUUGAUGCGUGGAGUGGCUAGGUUCAACACGCCGUCCUCAUUAGAUUCUGCAGCCGAUGCUUCCAAGCGUGCAGCUUAUGUCAAGCUGGUAGUCCAGUUGCUGUGUAAAUGCUCCAGCUUGGAUGACACCCGCAAAGACUGGUUCCCCGCGCCCGUACAGCGGUUACUUAAUGAUAUUGAGCUGUUAGCUACAGCAGGUGGUCCGACUGCAGACAGACAGCAAGAGCUGGUGUCCCUCCUUUCAACUCUCCUAACCCUUCUCAACAACUGCUCUCCGGUCUACGGUGCGGCCGAUGCCAUAUUGGAAGCCAUAUUGUCCUGGUUUGAAGCGUCGACGAGCAGCGCCCUCGGUCUUCCGUGCAUCACGGCUGCGUGUCGUACCCUAGCGUCGGUCAAACAUUCGGCCCUAGUGGUGGAGGCUUGCAUAGAGGCUCACUUUAAUACAAAUAUGGACUUGUCCCCAGACCCCUCCCGUGGCUGGACCAGCAUCCUGCAGGUUGUCCAGAUCCCAGAGCUCACCCACAAUGAGUUCCUUGAAGAGUGCUCCAAGCAGGGCGCCAUACUGACCCUCUUUGCCUACGUGGGUCAGAGGUCGCCCCAGUGCCGGACUCUGGAGGAGGAGUGUACCUUGUACACGGAGUUGAUCGACUGGUGUGUCAAGAUCAAAGUCAAACCGGCCAACGAGGCCAAAGUCUUCCUGUGGUGGCACAAGGCCUUACAGAUGACCAUCCAUCAGGUUGAAUUCGGCUCACCCCAUUGGACGAUGUCACGCUCCUUAAACAACCUCGUCCCUACCAUGAUGACGCUGGGUGAAGACCGUAGCUCCUCGGGGCUUCUGGGGGCCAUCGGGUUCGGAAGACAGUCGGAACUUUCUUACAGAUUUCGCAUCAUUGCCAGAUGCAUGGCUGCGUUUAUAUCGGCCCAAGUCCUGCGCAACGGAACGAUACGACUGGCGCCCAAUGAGCUCGGUGCCCUGAGCAGAAACCGAGAGACCCAGGCACAGUCGCCGGGGUCCCCGGACGCCCCAAAGCCCUCAAGUUUGGCUUACACCGCUCUGAAGCAGCUAGACGCCGCCAUCGACAACAGGAACUAUGUAGGGCUGACUGAGCACGCUCGGUACGCGAGGGACGCUGUCCUUAACCCAGCCAAGUGCAUGAUGGAUGCCACACACCUCCUGUGCCAGUUAGUGACAGUCAUGUUUCCAGAGAAGCACUAUUUGUCCAUCAUCAGGACCCUAUGAACAUCAUUGAUUGAGAUUGUAAAUAAUGAGUGAAGAAAUAACUGCAAUAUAUGCUGUGGGUUGGUCUUUCAGUAAUGGGUCAGUGCAUGAAUUAUAGAGGGGGCUAUUUAGCCUGCACGUGAGAGGAAAGUGAGGGCAAUGAAGAGCAAGUUUGAGCGGCGACUAGUGUUAACCAUAGUUCGGCUAACUUCUCUACUCUAAUCGGCUAUUUGGAACCGAAACCUGAGGCACGGUUCCAUCACUGGUUAUCAAUAGCUGCGUGCAUCAUAAUGCAUAGCAGGGAGCCAGGACAAAGGAGUUUUGUGAUGACAUUUAGACAAGUUUUUCAACAAGAGGCGUUCGCGCGAUGCCAUUAGUGCGCAGGCCUAAGUUACGUCACAAAUCAAUCUUAAGUCAAUUAAUGAUCCUCGCCCGAACUUGAUCAAAGUUAAGCUCCAUUUGUGAACGGUGUUCAGCUUACACUCUUUGGUGGGAGAACCAUUUUGAAGCAGGUAUAUACAGACCAGCAUUCGCACACUGAUGACAGACCUUUCAUAGAAAUGUCAUUCCAAUGUGGACCUCUCGUAAGGUCAAAAUAACAAAACGUGAUAAUUGUUUGGGAGUCAGGUUGGUGUAGCGGUACUUUGCUCGCCCUCCACCGCUGUGACCCGGGUUCGAAUCCUGCCUGGGCCAA